GGGGCCGGUGCGAGGCCUACACCGGUGAUGCGCCGCGAUGCCAGGGCCGGACCAGCCGCCAGCAGGAGCGCAUGGCCCGGGCCGGCUGGAUGCUGGCGACUGCACUCGGCCUGGGCCGGGUGGGUAGCAGGCGGCGCCGGGACCAGGCAAAGGGGUGUCCUUUCUGCAGCGGCGGGGUGGGGGCUGGGGUGCCAGGCACCCCCAGCCUCGGGGCAGCGCCGCCCCCCACCCUCGCCCCUGCACGCGCGGGUCUCCCCUCCUUCCCACCCCAUGCAUCCAGCCCGGCCGGGGAUGGGCGCCGGCCGGGAGGCAGCCGCUGGCCUUGAAUGUCACCCUGAAGAGCUGACAAUUUACUGGUUCGUCAAUGAAAUGAAUGAAUUCCUACUAAAUUAUGACGAUAUAAGGAGGAGAUCCAACGCUAACAUUAUUGCAGUUUGAAAGAUGAUUGGAAGUUUUAUUCUCAUGCAAGUCACGCUGUACUUUGCUUUUACUGAUUCAGCAACUGACAUCUAUGGAGACCAGGCUUCUCUGCAGAAUGUCCAACAAAGAUCGACACAUUGAUUCCAGCUGUUCGUCCUUCAUCAAGACGGAACCCUCGAGCCCAGCCUCCCUGACGGACAGUGUCAACCAGCACAGCCCAGGGGGCUCUUCGGACGCCAGCGGGAGCUACAGCUCCACCAUGAAUGGCCACCAGAACGGACUGGACUCGCCACCACUUUACCCAACAGCACCUCUCCUGGGAGGCAGUGGGCCAGUGCGGAAACUCUACGAUGACUGCCCCAGCACCAUCGUGGAGGACCCGCAGACCAAGUGCGAGUACAUGCUCAACUCCAUGCCCAAGAGACUGUGUUUGGUGUGUGGGGACAUCGCGUCUGGCUACCACUAUGGUGUGGCAUCCUGCGAAGCCUGCAAGGCUUUCUUCAAGCGGACGAUUCAAGGUAACAUCGAGUACAGCUGCCCAGCGACGAACGAAUGUGAAAUCACGAAGCGCAGACGUAAAUCGUGCCAGGCUUGCCGCUUCAUGAAGUGUUUGAAAGUGGGCAUGCUGAAGGAAGGGGUGCGUCUGGACAGAGUACGUGGAGGCCGACAGAAGUACAAGCGUAGAAUAGAUGCAGAGAACAGCCCUUACCUGAACCCUCAGCUGGUCCAGCCAGCCAAAAAGCCAUAUAACAAGAUCGUCUCACAUUUGCUGGUUGCUGAACCCGAGAAGAUCUACGCCAUGCCAGACCCCACAGUCCCUGACAGCGACAUCAAGGCGCUCACCACCCUGUGUGACCUGGCUGACCGGGAGCUGGUGGUCAUCAUUGGCUGGGCCAAGCAUAUUCCAGGCUUCUCCACACUGUCCCUGGCAGAUCAGAUGAGCCUCCUGCAGAGCGCGUGGAUGGAGAUCUUGAUCCUCGGUGUGGUGUACCGGUCUCUGUCAUUUGAAGAUGAACUGGUCUAUGCAGAUGAUUAUAUAAUGGAUGAAGACCAAUCCAAAUUAGCAGGGCUUCUGGACCUCAAUAAUGCUAUCCUGCAGCUGGUAAAGAAAUACAAGAGCAUGAAAUUGGAGAAAGAAGAAUUUGUCACCCUCAAAGCGAUAGCUCUUGCUAAUUCAGAUUCUAUGCACAUAGAAGAUGUGGAAGCUGUUCAGAAGCUCCAGGACGUCUUACACGAGGCCCUGCAAGACUACGAGGCUGGUCAGCACAUGGAAGACCCACGCAGAGCUGGCAAGAUGUUAAUGACCCUGCCUCUGCUGAGGCAGACGUCCACCAAGGCAGUGCAGCACUUCUACAACAUCAAACUGGAAGGCAAGGUCCCCAUGCACAAACUUUUUUUGGAAAUGUUGGAGGCCAAGGUCUGACUAAAAGCCUCCUGGGCCCUCCGAUCCUGCACGCCCGCAAAAAGGGGAAGAAAAUCCAUCCCCGAGCGGGAUGAGGAAGACACGUAGAGUUUAGUUACCAACAUCCGAAAUCCACAGACUGCCCUGAUCUUUAGCAGCAAGAGUAGGAAGCGGUGGCCCCAUCACACUCUGUUCCUGCGGAGUUUCUUUGUCCCCUGUCUCCUCCACGCCUCUGCCUGCUCGCAUCUCUUUCUAUUGCUCCCUGCCCAACUCCUCCCUCCUCAGCCUCAUUACUUCCUCACCAAUAUCUUCUUUUCCUAUUGGCUUAUUUCCUAUUUCUCUUCCUCCCUGCCUGCUUCCUUUCCUUUGCCUGCUUCCUUUCUUCUCAAUUGCCAAUGUAAGAAAAGUUUUCCUUCCUUCUUUCCUUCCUCCAUGCUCCCUGCCUCUUUCCUUCCUCCCUCUGCUGCAGAACUCUUCAAAGAGAUCUCUCCUUGGACAGAGAUGGAAGCCAGCCCUGCCAAAGGAUGAGGAAUCCAUACUAUGGAUGCCAGUGAACUUCUUGUGAACCAGAAUGUCCCCAGUGAAUAAAGGAAUCAAAGAGAGAGGACCGUGGUCCUAAAAGGACAGUGCAAUUGAAGCAAAUUGACAGUGCAGUAUUAGAUUUCAUGGGGCCAGUCUCUAAUUAUCUAACUCAAGCAAAGUCGCCCGGGCUGCUACUCAUCAUUGCUUUUCCAUCUAGAUCAGUUACAGCCAUUUGAUUCCUUAAUUGUUUUCUCAAGUCUUCCAGGUAUUGGUUAGUUUAACUAUGAUGUAACUUUUUCAGGGAAUAGUUUUAAGCUUUAUUCAUUCAUGCAAUACUAAAGAGAAAUAAGAAUACUGCGAUUUUUUUUGCGCGCCGGCUUUGAACACUGAUGAACAAAUAACUCUGAAAGGACACAUGAAUCCUGAAGGAAGAAAUUUUUAAAAUGAACAACCCAGGUUUGGUUUCUUCUUCUUACAAAUGGAGAUUUUUUUGUACCAGCUUUACCACUUUUCAGCCAUUUAUUAACAAUGGGAAUUUAACUUACUCAAGCAAUAGUUGGAGGGAAGGUGUAUAUCAUCUCGGAUGCAAUCUAUGUUGUGUGCCGGUCUGGUCCUAGACAUCCAUUUUCAUGCGCUCCAGUGUACCUAAAUGUUCAUGACACAUGAUGGUCAGCUCAUAUGUGCCCUGACUCAUAGAGGUCGCCCACAUAAGCCCUACAACGAGGAAGCCAGAGCCACCGAGACACCAGGAGGAAAACCCCCUCUUCCAGGGCCAUCAAGGUGGUGAGGAACAAGAUCCCACCUGUGAGCGGAAUGACAGUUCUUGUCCCCAAAAGAGCUGUGAGCCACUUCUACAAAUUUUUGUUUUUUUAGGGCAAUAAGGCAAAAGCCAGAAUUUGGGGCAAAAGCAAAAUAAGUAAAUAAAUAAAUAUGUCUCAUCCAAGACAGCAGAUGCCUGACCAAAUUCUCAAACCUAAUCUCUGAGUUGAUUCAUGUAGGAAUGUUUGUUGAAAUUUAUCCGCAGUUUUAACCAAUCGCUCAGCCAAUAAGUGUGCUUUUCCACCAGUGUGAUCACAGCGAGAAAGUCAGUCAGUUCCAGACUGUCCCUAGGUGUAAUCUAAGGAAGAAAUCAAUUAAAUACCCCCCGAAAUUGACAGUCGCUGAAUAACCAAUAAACAGUAACCUCCAUCCAAUGCUAUACCAAUGGACCAGUGUUAGUAGCUGCCCUCUGUACUAUGUGAAUGGUCUUAUUCUAUGUACACAGAUGUAAUUAAAAUUGUAAUCCUAACAAGCAAAAGAAAUGUAGUUCAGCUUUUCAAUGUUCCAUGUUUGCUGUGCUUUUCUGAAUUUUAUGUUGCAUUCAAAGAUUGUUGUCUUGUUCUUGUGGUGUUUGGAUUCUUGUGGUGUGUGCUUUUAGACACAGGGUAGAAUUAGAGACAAUAUUGGAUGUACAAUUCCUCAGGAGACUACAGUAGUAUAUUCUAUUCUUUACCAGUAAUAAGGUUCUUCCUACUAAUGAUUAAGAGAUCAAAAACUCCAAACAAGUACUCGUAUGAACAGAUACACAUCGAAAUAUCAUAAUAAUAUUUUCAAAACAAGGAAUACUUUCUCUAAUGGUUUAAUAUAGAAUACCAAUGUAUAGCUUAGACAUAAAACUUUGAAUAUUUCAAGAAUAUAGAUAAGUCUAAUUUUUAAAUGCUGUAUAUAUGGCUUUCACUCAACGGAUCUCUCAGAUGUUGUUAUGAACUCUCUCUGUGUUGUUGCAAUACUUUUUGGUGCGGGACACGUUUCCAAAACUACUGCUACUUCGUGUGCUUUUAAACAAAAUACCUUGGGCUGGUGCUUCAUCGGCCUGGCGCUAGGAAUACUGUGUAUCUAUCAUUAGCUAUAUGGGACUAUAUGGGAGUAUGUCGUGAUUGUGGUUUCUCAGUAGAGAAGUGAUUGUAGUGUGAUUCUAGAUAAAUCAUCAUUAGCAAUUCAUUCAGAUGGUCAAUAACUUGAAAUUUAUAGCUGUGAUAGGGGUUCAGAAAUUGGCACAGCCCUUUAAAAAGAACAACAGAAAAAAAAAGACAACUCCUGGGAAAAAAUAAAAGGUGCUGAUUCUCUUAAGAUUAUUUAUAUAUGUAGGUGUUUAAAACAAACAAAAUAAUAAUAAUAAUAAUAAAAAAACCAAAAAGAUUCUUUUCCAGAAAGUUUCUGCAGGGUUUAAGUUGCUACUGAUCAACCGCACUAUACCUAGAGAAUGUCUCUCCAAAGUAGGCAUUGCUUUCACUGUAUCACAUUCAAGUACUUGGGCUUCAGAAAUAAGAACCAACCCACUGAAACCAAGAGAUGGAGAUAGAUGGGAAGAGAAGGAAGUAUGCUUUUUCUUUUUCCAUGUCAGUGACUCUCAGCGUUCCAAAAGACAAACAUCUCCCAACUAGGAAACACAAACAACCAAAACUCAGAGCUAAAAAAAGAACUGCACGGGCUAUAGGGUAAAAUGCUCAUCUCACACCUCGAGGGAGGUAAGUUUUUUUCACCUUUCAAGCAAGACCAUUUACUUAAUGUGAAGUUUUGGAAAGUUGCCAAGGUGUAUGUUUUAGCCAUGUGAUUUUUUUUUUAAUGGUUCAUUUUGCUUCUUUGAGGUUUGUUCUUAUUUAAAGCAAUAUGAUGGUGUGACUCCCUGUGGUUACACUUGUGUUUCAAUCAGAUCAGAUUGUUGUAUUUAUUCCACUAUUUUGCAUUUAAAUGAUAACAUAAAAGAUAUAAAAAAUUUAAAACUGCUAUUUUUCUUAUAGAAGAGAAAAUGGGUGUUGGUGAUUGUAUUUUAAUUAUUUAAGCGUCUCUGUUUACCUGCCUAGGAAAAACAUUUUAUGGCAGUCUUAUGUGCAAAGAUCGUAAAAGGACAAAAAAAAGUUUAAACUGCUUAUAAUAAUCCAGGAGUUGCAUUAUAGCCAGUAGUAAAAAAAAUAAUAAUACUAAUAAUAAUAAAAACAUGUCUAUAGCUGUAGGUGGGUUUCACAUCUGUAAAGCAAUCAACUGUAUAUUUUUGUGAUGUGUACCAUACCGUGUGCUGCCACAGAUAUCAUUUGUGUGAAUUUAUUUAUUUUAUAUUGUAUAUAUUGUUAAAUGCAAAAGGAGAUAUGAUUCUGUAACUCCAAUCAGUUCAGAUGUGUAACUCAAAUUAUUAUACCUUUCAGGAUGAUAGUAGAGGAAUAUUAAACAAGCUUACACUUUU